AUGGCUGUCGCCGGGGAACCGUUGAAUUUGGCUAAAGGUAAGUACACAUCAAACGUAACUAUUAACAUUAACAUGACUUAUAUAAGUCUACAUACAAUUAUUAUGUCGACGGUGUACACAUAGACAAUUAUUUGUUUUGAUUUUUGUAAAUUUCUUCGCAGAUGUCAAACGGGCAAUCGAAUUGUUGGAAAAGCUCCAAAAAAGUAAAAACCCUUAAACAAUAAUUAUCUUUGUUCAGUUAAUAAUGUAAAGUGUUUUUAUAGCUGGAGAGGUUCCAGUGACCAAAUUGGCUGCAUUGCAAAAAGUUUUGCAGAGCGAUUUUCUAGCGUCCGUUCGUGAAGUGUAUGAACACAUGUACGAAACUGUUGACAUACAAGGUUCUCAGGUACGUAACACUUAUUGUGUUACUCUUCGCCCGUGCUGACCUACAUUUUGAUGUUUCUGUGUAGGAUGUCCGUGCAUCGGCUACAGCCAAAGCCACUGUUGCUGCAUUUGCUGCUAGUGAAGGCCACGCCCAUCCAAGAGUGGUAGAAUUGCCCAAAACUGAAGAAGGACUUGGAUUCAAUGUGAUGGGUGGACGAGAACAGAAUUCUCCGAUAUAUAUAUCACGCAUUAUACCUAGUGGUGUGGCUGAUAGACAUGGUGGUUUAAAACGAGGCGAUCAACUACUGUCUGUCAAUGGAGUGGUUAGUGGAGUUUUUAUUAUUAUUAUAAAAAAUCAUAGAACUUAUUUGUCUACUUAAAAUAUGGAUAUAGAGUGUAGAGGGAGAAAACCAUGAAAAAGCUGUAGAACUACUGAAACAAGCUCAAGGAUCUGUCAAAUUGGUUGUCAGGUAUACACCUAAAGUUUUGGAAGAAAUGGAAAUGCGAUUUGACAAACAACGUGCUGCUCGAAGGAAGCAACAAAACCAAUAA